AUGCGGCUUCUUAAGCCUCACUGGGUGACGCAUGGUAAAACUUCAAAAACUGGCCCAUUCUGUGAGUGGAAAUACCGGUCUUUUUGCCUUAACUUGGCCAACCUUAAACCCGCAUUAAUAGUCCUUUCUCCCAAACAAUUUAGUGCGUCCAAUCUACACCCUCGAUAUUCACCCAGAUGGAAAGCGGCUUGCUACUGGUGGUCUGACGGACGGUGGCGGACUGAUAAUUCUGUGGGACAUGUCGCUUAUACGGGAUCCUAGUCUCGAAAAAUCCUCAACAUGUCAAAGACUCUUCCAGAUGGAUAAUCAUCAGGGUACCGCCUGA